AUGCAGAACGAGCGAUGCACAUCUUUCAGGCAGUUUUCACCAGCAGCUGCCGCAUUGGUUGCCCUUCUAUGUGCUGCUCUGCUGGUAGCCUUGCAGGCACUUGGCGACCCAGAGCUGCUCUCUGCACUCAUGUGGGGGAGUGCAGUGCAGGAUAAAAAAGCACUUCACCCCCAUGGCACGGCUGCCACCUUUGGAGUACAGGAUGUGAGCACGGUGCACAUGAACGAAGUGAAGAAGGAAGCAGUGUCACUUGAUGGAAAGGGCAUACUGCUGGCGCCGGCCCCUAAUUUGGCGGCUCCAGCUGCGCUGAAACACAAGGAGAAGAUGGGAUUUAUGGGGGUGAAGGUUGCAUCAGCUCCUGCCCCUUCCCUGGGAGCUAAUAGCACUGUUACGGGGGAUGCAGUGCUCGAGGAGGUUGAUGGGACAGAGGUGGUAUACACACGGGUGGCUGCGCCCAAAGCGGUGCUAUUGCUGUUUCACGGCUGCUCACACUCUGCGCUGGACUGGGGACGCAAGUCAGUCACCUGUCCAGGCUGCCUAGGUUUGCCGGAGGAAUUGGCGAUAGUCCGGAGGGCUGUUGCGCGCAGUUAUGUGCCGGUGGCUUUCUCUAGCUCGGAUAAGGCCAAUCGCUGCUGGGACGCCCAGUGGCUGGACAAGUCUCUAGACAUCCCCAAUGUCAAGCAGACAUUUCAGAAGCUGGCAGCGAGGGAGCGGUGGGAGAAGCUGCCUGUCUAUGCCCUGGGCGCCUCCUCAGGCGCAUCCAUGGUGCUGUUUCUGGCGAUGCGCAUGCCACUGGACGGCAUAGUGCCGCAGAUCAUGAGCCUGCCGCCUCAUAUGCUGGAGGCCAAGCCCACGGACCCUGCUGCCGGCAAGAGCUGGACGUACCCGCCAGUCUAUUUUGUGCACAUGGAGCUUGACCGCGCCACCGCGCAGCGAGUCACCGCUGACAUCAACGUCCUCAAGACCAAGCAGGGGGCGUGGGUGACAGAGAAGCUGAUACGGCCGCGGCCGGUGUCGGCUGAGCUGUUUUUGAGGAUCGAGGGAAUUGAUGUAAAGACGGCAGAGGCCGUGCAUCAGACGCUGAAAGCGGCGGAGCUGCUGAACGCCACAGACUUCCUCAAAGAGGACCCCAGACAGACUUCCACCAAGUGGAUGCCAGCGCUGAAGGCCAUCCCAGGCCUGGCAGGGAUCAGCCUGGAACCGGAGAGCUCACCCAUGUUUGAGGAGCUGAAUCUGGCGUGGGCGCGGCAUGAGCUCAUUUCUGAUCACCUUGAUGAGGUUUUGGACUGGCUGGAUGCUAGACGGAGAGAUGGCAGCGCAAAGUUGCUUGCUCCCUUGAAGCCCCGGAGACUCCUCAGAUAUAUGUUGAAUGAUGAUGAUUCUCUGCGCUGA